AGCACUUCCUCUUUGUAUGAUACUAGCUUUGUCAGUCGAGCAGAGUUUUGUUCGCUGAAACAGAAAUAUGCCGGUGUUUCUGAGGACUUUCGCAAGCUGUGCUGCUCCUGCCCUGCGGAGACACAGCAUCACACAGCGGGCUCAUCUCUACACCAGACCGGCCAAGGAAAAGAUCGGUCCAGUUGAAACGGUUGUCGGAAUUGGCCUGUUCUCCCUCGCCAUCCUGGGACCGUCUGGAUGGAUCCUGGCCCACCUAGAGGACUACAAGAAGAAAGAAUAAAGUGACAUUUUUUUUCCAGUGACAAUCUGGGACCAUCACCAAUAUGUACUGCUGCAGAUUGGAACCAGUUUUACCUUUCAGUCUUCUACCUCUCUCACAGUUCCACUCCACAUCCCAGAUCCAAACUCGUUAUUCUCUAAAUGCUGACGCUGAAGCAUAUUAUACAUCUUCUCUAAUAAGGAGUAUGUUACAGAAUUAAACUUUAAGUGCAA